AUGUCUUCCAUAGGUACGCCCAUCUCCGUGCCGACCAUAGGGUAUCCGUAUGCGACACUCGUCGGCAGUACACAACUCGCCGGGGUCCCCGAUGGGAUACUCACCGAUGUGAGGGUCACCGAUAAGCUACUGGCAAAGAGGCCGCUCGCGCAUAGAAGGGCUUCCGAUAGAAUACUGGCCGAGCUGCUCGUCGAUAGCAUUGUGGCCGAGGUGCCGCCAGCCAAUAAUAGGGGUCGCUGGAUGAGUAAAUCGUCGUCGCUGCACUAUGACACUCUGUGCGUUUUCCUAAGCGGCUUCUUAUCACUCGUGUCGAAGAUUGCUCCACCGACGCUAUAUCCUAGACAUAGUCAUUAUAACACCGACGCACAAGCUACCAUCAGGAGGUUGACUCACAAUGAGCCCAGCCCCAGCCAACAGUACGCCCUCCAGGCACGGAAACACCUCGCCACCAACCGCCGAAGAGAGCCGGGAAUCGCCAUCGAGGUCAGUUGGUGCCCAGCACACAAAGAUGUUCCUGGGAACGCGAAGGCGGACGAAUUGGCCAAACUGGCAGCUGGCCAACCGACCGCUCGCGGAGUAGAGGUCACUCGCCACAAGUACCAAUCCCAGAGAAGGAUGAAGAAGAUGCAGCGAAGCGAGGCAUUUAAGUGGGCGCUCGGGGCCGCGAAGAGACAGCUGAGCUGAGGCAACUCGAGAAGGAG